UCUCCAAUGAGAUCUCGAAGGAGACUCAGAUCUCCAAGCAGAUCCAAAUCUCCAUCGAUAUCCCAAUCUCCAAACAGGAGAGUCAAGCGUCCAAGGAUUACAGCAGAAUCUCCAAGCAGAUCCAAAUCUCCGUCGAUAUCCCAAUCUCCAAAGAGGAGAGUCAAGCGUCCAAGGAUGACAUCAAAGUCUCCAAUGAGACCCAGAUCUCCAAGCAGAUCCAAAUCUCCAUCGAUAUCCAGAUCUCCAAGGAGGAGAGACAAGUCUCCAAAGAAGAGAGCAAAAUCUCCAAGCAGAUCCAAAUCUCCAUCGAUAUCCCGAUCUCCAAAAAGGAGAGUCAAGACUCCAAAGAUGACAGCAAUGUCUCCAAGGAGAUCCAGAUCCAUAAGGAGAUCCAAAUCUCCAAUGAGAUCUCGAAGGAGACUCAGAUCUCCAAGCAGAUCCAAAUCUCCAUCGAUAUCCCGAUCUCCAAAGACGAGAGUCAAGACUCCAAAGAUGACAGCAAAGUCUCCAAGGAGAUCCAGAUCCAUAAGGAGAUCCAAAUCUCCAAUUAGAUCUCGAAGGAGACUCAGAUCUCCAAGCAGAUCCAAAUCUCCAUCGAUUUCCCGAUCUCCAAAGAGGAGAGUCAAGACUCCAAAGAUGACAGCAAAGUCUCCAAGGAGAUCCAGAUCCAUAAGGAGAUCCAAAUCUCCAAUGAGAUCUCGAAGGAGACUCAGAUCUCCAAGCAGAUCCAAAUCUCCAUCGAUAUCCCGAUCUCCAAAGAGGAGAGUCAAGACUCCAAAGAAGAGAGCAAAGUCUCCA